CAGCUAUGUGAGGCAGAAAAACUUCCUGAAUGAGACACAAACCACAACAAGACGGGAGCGAGUAGCCCGUCGGAGCUCAUAACUGAAGCACUUGUCAGCCAUUGUUAUUGAACUUUUAUAUUUCCGCUGUUUUAUCAUUAAAUAGUUAGGUAGAGCUCGGGCGCUGGUCAGCUGAGGACAGAUUUGAUCACCUGCUGUAAAGUGCUAAUCUUAUGUUAGCGCAUUAACGCUACCUGUAGUCAACAUUACCCACCUCCUGUUCGUUGGCUGGUCGCUGCCCUUCUCUUCAGUGGCAGCAAUAACAUCGUCAGGUCCUUGUCUGCUCCCAUUCUGUCAGUCUCCGUAAGUGAUUGAAUGCGGUGAAACUGGCAUCAGUGGACAAGCACAAACACAAAGAGCCAUUGAUUGGUCAAGGAUGACCAUGGAAGACAUGAAGAAUGAAGCUGACACUGCCUUAACAGGCUCUAUGGCUCUCUACAAUGUGAUGUAUCCUGUCUUUAACCAGUUGGAGAAAGUCGACUUAUCAGCAGCGCAGACCUUGAGAACAGCUUUCGAAAAGGCAGAGAAGGAGAACCCGGGUCUGACUCAGAACAUUAUUAUGAAAAUACUGGAGAAGAAGAACUUAAAAGUCAACUAUAAUGAGGCUCUACUUCGCAUGGCUGCAGACGAUGUGGAAGAGUUCAUGAUUGACAGGCGAGAGCCAGAGUUCCAGGAGCUGAACGAGAGGGCCCGAGCUCUGAAACACAUCCUCAGCACCAUACCAGAUGAGAUCAAUGACAGAGUAGGCUUCCUACAGACCAUCAAAGACAUUGCCAGUGCCAUCAAGGAGCUGCUAGACACGGUUAAUGCCGUCUUCAGGAAAUACCAGUUUAAAUCUCAGAAUAGACGGGCACUGGAAAAGCAGAAGAAAGAGUUUGUGAAAUACUCGAAGAGCUUCAGUGACACUCUCAAAACCUACUUCAAAGACGGAAAAGCGAUAAACGUGUUUGUGAGCGCCAACCGGCUCACCCACCAAACCAACAUGAUCUUGGAGGCCUUCAAGACCGUGGUGUAGCAGCCUGAGAAGACACACACACACACACACACACACACACACACACACACACACACACACACACACACACACACACACACACACACACACACACAAGCAGAUAUUUUUUUAUUAGAGAAUAGGUGAUAUGAGGCUUUGUAAUUUGUAAAGACAUUUUAUUAUUUUUGGGUGUAUAAUUUAUAAAUCUGUGGCUUUGACGGGAGAUCAGGUAGUUUGAGGUUCAAAGCAAAUCAUGUUGACAGUAAUUGCCAGGGAUUUUUAACUCUCUUUUAUGUUGUUCUUUUAUCAGAUUCUUAAGUCAAUAUUUCUUCAUUCCUUUAUACAUUUCCCUCUCUGUUCAGGACCGUGUAGUUCUGAAGAAGUUUAGGAAAAAUGUGAUUAUUUCCAAUGUCCUUAAAAGUUUGGUGAUUGCACAAGUCUAAAAGAAAGUACAAUGAAAAGAAGCAGCAUUCAGUUUUUAAAAUACAUUCCCACAUGUCUGUACUCUGACUUUUAUUGUCGUUUUUUUUCUAUUGUAAGACAUAAUCUUGAUCUAUAUGGUGGUAUCUCACACUUUGCACUAAUAUCCUGCCACUAUCAGCAUGCAUUAUAUUCAACUUAAAUCAGAUAUGUUCAAAUCCUGUCAGGAAAUCAAGGUCUGGAGAAAUGUUCAGGAAUUUGAAAUGGAGACUGUCUGCUUUCUUUGUCCUGUACUCCUUCACCCAGUACAUCAUAAACCAUCACCAUCCAGGUGAGCAGUAACUCA